AUGCGGCUGCUGAGACACCGGCUGCGACAAAUCGUCACUAAUCUCGACGGCCGCGCGCUGCGGACCGAUAUCCUCACCGCGGGCGGCAUGGGCUGCUGCGGCGACCUUCUCUGCCAGCAUGCGGUCGAAGGGAAGCAGCGGCAUGACACCGACUGGCGGCGCCUGUAUGCCGUCACCACCUUUGAGGCGCUCUACAUGGGAGGCCUUUUCCACGGCUUCUGUCAGGCGUUCCCUCUGGUGGUCUCCUUUGCCGGGCGGAAGCUUGCCCACGGCCCGCUGCAGGCGACCGACAGUGCGGCCCAUGCGCUCGGCUGCGCGGUGGUCGACACGCUUCACGACGGGACCGUGAUGAUCCCCUGCUACUUUCUGGGCGUCGGCAUGCUGCAGGGCGACACGCUGGCCGAGGGCAGGGCGAACCUGCGGAGAGAGUGGCUCAACUCUUGGGCCGUGGGCGCCAGCUUCUGGAUGCCGUUCAUGUACUGCAACUUUGCGUACGUGCGCCCGCAGUACCGCGUGCGCCUGAUGGCCGUCGCAAACACGGUGUGGAGCGUCUUGAUAGAUUACAUGGCGCACCGGAGCAAGGGCCGCUUGCCCGACUGA